AUGUAUCACAUAUUACAUUGCAUGUAUCACAUAGAUAGCAUUGAUGCUUAUAUUUUCCCUCUUUGUCUAUUUCAAGCUAAAGGCGGCCGUCCCUUUAAAGUUGGAGAUCGUGUAAGGGUCAAAGCAUCUGUGACUACACCAAAGUAUAAGUGGGGAACAGUGAAUCAUGCGAGUGUUGGUACUGUCGUAUCAGUAAGUAGUAAUGGCAAAGAUGUUAAGGUGGAUUUUGAACAACAAGCCAAUUGGACUGGACUUGAAAGUGAGAUGGAACUUGUACCUGUCAGACAUAAUGGCGCAACGUAAGUCAAUCUACAACAUUUCCGUCAGAAACGGAAGUAAGAAUUAACCCAAUAAAAAACCCCAAUUUAUUGAACAAAUACUUCAAAGUACUGUAUUCCACAGUCUACUUAUUGUUUGGACCUUUUCACGUUAUUUCCUCUUUUCUGGAUUCUUCUCCCAACCGAUUUUACGUCUUCUUACAUAGCGUCCUAAACCGAAUAUUAGUUGAAAUACAUUUAUUGCAACGUAAAACGUUACUUAUAAAUCCUGUUUCUUUUUAAAUGAACAUUUUACGUUUAUCAUAACCAUUUCGAGUGUGAUAAGGUAUUUCUUUUAACCAUGUCAAUUACAGUAGUCUAAUUUCUUGAACCAUACCCAUUAGGGACGUUUCACUAACAUUUAGGUUGCCCCUCUUAUUGCUGAAAAUCUUAAUACUAAUCUAUUUAAGGCUUUCGUGGUUUGCAUUGUUAUACAGCUGUAUUUCACCGUUCAAUCGUUCAUCAACUGUCUUUCAGAAAUUACCGGGGACUGUUGGCCCUUUUCCCGUAGUGUCCGCCAUGCACUGACUAUAUCGAGGGAAACCGUAAUGUAUUUCUUUGUUUCCUGAGCAUAGAAGUCUAGAACUAUAAUGACUUUCACAGAAAAAAAAAACAUUUGGAAUAUAAUUUUUUUGUUUUUAUCAAGUAAACCAGUGAUGACCAUCAUAGUAAAAGAGAUAUCCCUGGCGAAUCGGCCUUUCCAUCGUUAUUCCAUUCUUACCAACUGUAACAAUUCACCAGAUAUCAUAUCCGGUCGGAUACUAGAUAUUGUUUAUUUAAGAUUCAGGUCUUCUGAUGAUGUAAUAUGGUGCAAAAAAUACGAGUCAUGUUUUUGCUUAAAAUUACCGUAGAGAACUUUUCAUUAUUUUUCGUGCUCGCUUGCAAGUGCGAACAUUUAUCGACGUUAGACUGUGUUCUUUCAUACCAUUCCAGGUCAAUAUAUUAUAAACAUGAUCACUUUAUAACCAAUGAUUGUUUAACCUUGAAUAUAAUUGGACCUGAACCUUAUAUAACCACUAUCCGGUUUCCGGCCGGAUAUUUUAUUCUGGCCGGUGCACCCCUAACCAUUUGUUAUUUGUCUUUUAUUUACCAGUUGUUAUUCAUGUCAUAUGCAUCCAGUGGAAGGACCACGUUAUAAAUGUAAAGUUUGUUCUGACUACGAUCUAUGUCAGAACUGCUUUGAAACUCGUUCACACAAACACUCUUUCCUUUGUUUACCUGAGGAAGACAGCACUCCAGUAUUAGUUGGCAAGGCGGGCAAGGCAAGAAAGAGAGAAAAACGGGUGCAACGUGCAGAAAUGAUCAAGGAGUGGACACGUUGUAUAAAACAGAUCACAGUGUCGUCUCGUGAAGGUCUUAAGUUACGAUUAUUUGAUGGAACUGAUUCUUAUUGGCAAAGUUCUGGACCCCAGGGAAAGGUGAUUUUGUGCAAACAUACAUGCUGGAACUAACUGCAAAGAAUGCUCUGUGCUUAAAUAUCUAUGAAGGUUUUCAAAUUUAAUGUUCGUUCUAUAUGGAAAUAACAGUCACUUGUUUGUAUUGUCUAUUUAUGUAGCAUUGGAUAAAUCUUGAGCUGUACCCUGACAUUCUGAUUCAUAAAUUAAUGAUGACAGUUGAUCCAUCAGACAGCAGUUAUACACCAUCUGUAGUUGUCACAUCAGUGGGAGAGUCACUACAGUCUUUGGUGGAAGUAAAGACGACACAUGUCAAAGAGACCGAACACUCAGUCAAGUUGCUGGAAAAUGUGCAAGAGGUAGGUUGAAAUUGAUAACAUUUUGAUGUUCAUUGUACAUUAUGGGCAUAGCCGUCCUUUGCUGUGGGUUUUAGGUAUGUAUACUAAAAUAUUUUGUUGCAUUCCAAUAGGAAUGUCGUUUUGUGCAGAUAUCAAUAAAACAAUGUCGGAGCAGUGGAAUUGACACGAAAGUUCAUGGCUUGACCAUAACUGGAAAACGUAAAUCGGACGAAGAUCAAAUCGCGUGCGGCUUCUCCUUCCUGGCUUUAGAUGAUCAACCAGAACAGUCGACCUGCGCAGUAUCAACAAGGAAAACCCAACAUUCUUGCAAGGAAUCGAAAGAUGGGAAAGUACAAGUUUAUGUUUGGGGACUAAAUGAUAAAGAUCAACUUGGUGGUCAGAAAGGCUCGAAAGUAAGUUUUAACGUUGGCCACAUGGGGUUAUGGGGGCUGUUUUAACAUAUAGGCUGGGUUCCCCCACUCCCACUCCUGCCCUCUUUUCAGGGCUGCAAAUUACUGUCGGACAUCGGACAAUGUCCGACUAAAUUUGGCAAAUGUCCGAGCAAAAGUAAUUUUGAUGGGACAUUGGUCAGAUCACAAAAAAAUGUCACAUUAUACAUUUUUCUGCUGUGACAAAAUCCGAUUGCAAAUUUGCAUUUUGCAAUAAAAUUUACGAGGCAUUCUAGCAUUUUACUUAACUUUGCGCUGGAAUGGCUAUACAUACUUGUCUCCAGUGACUUAUAUAUAUCUUGUGGCGUAUAUAUUUCCAACCAAAUUUAGUGGUGUUGGUUUUUGUCCGACCAAAUUCAAGUUAUGUCCGACCAAAAUUAAAAGUGAUCGGACAAAUGUCCUGUCAAGUCAAAUAUUUAUUUGCAGCCCUGUCUUUUGGUAUUCUGGCCCCCAGUGCAAGAAUCGUCUCUAUAUAUUUGAAUAUAAAAUGUCGAAUAUUUUAAUAUCUGAAAAAAGACCGAUAUACCAGAUUUCUUUUUUUCCCCUUAUGGAAGAUGUUAUCCCUCCCCCACUUACCACAUGGUAUACAGUGGCUGCGCGCACCGGUCAGCCAAUAUAGGGAUGGAGAGGAUGGCAACGUAGUAACGAGGCAAAAAAGAACUCAAGAUGAUACAAUUCAUUGUGUUAAGCCCGUUCUCCACUAGGCGAAUUUAUUCGCGCGAACAGAUAAAAAGUAGGAAGCGAUCCUACUUUUUCGCCGCGAAUUUUUUCGCAGACCAAUCACGUUGCCGGAUUUCGGUUUUCGCUUCGCGUCGCGCGAACAAAUUCGCGUAGUGGAGAACGGGCUUUAAUGGCCGUUGUUUCUACGUUUCGCCGUUGUUUCUAUGUCGAGAUCCUUAAUGCUUAAAUCUCUCUUAAAUCUUUGAAUGUCUUACUCUCUAGGAUCUGACUUACGUUAUUUUUGUCCUUGCCACCAUUUAAACGUUUAGAAUUUCUGCCUCAAUACAUGGUAAAACUGACGUCAGCGUCUGUCGAGUGAAUAAGAUAAACUAUCUUGAUUUCUUACCCAUGUGUAGUCACUUGUUCUUUUUUCAAAUAAAAUUAUUACUCCUGUAUGUUCGUUUGAAAUCGGCUAAAGCUUCCAAAAAUAGGCAAAGUAAAACAAUUGUAAAGUACAACCUCCGUAUCUCAAUGUGUUAUGGUGUUUAUGUUUUUAGAUACGAAGUUACACUCGAGAACAUUUUAUGUGAUUCGUUGCAUUUUAUAAAUAUUAGAACAAUCAUAUAAAGCCUGGUUUCCAUAUGGUCGUAAAGAUCGAAUCUUUCUCGACAGCCGAAAUACAACAGUCUAGAACUGAAAAAUUAGGCAGAGUGAUUAUUUAUAGAGAAUAUGUGGUUUACAGGUAAAAAAAACCUAUUAAAAUCUGGCCAUUGAGAAAGAUCGUCACUCUAUCUUUAUGACCGUCACGACCAUAUGGAAUCAUGACUUAAAUGCGAGCAAUGCCUUUGCAUGUGAGCGAUUGAAACUAACGAAUCUUAAUAUUCUCUUUAGAUUAAAACCCCAGUAUUGUCGGAAACGUUGACUGACUUAAACGUGAUUCAACUGAGCGGUGGUUCCAAAAGUUUGUUUGCAGUCACACGAUCAGGAGAGAUUCAUGCCUGUGGUGAAUCAACGAAUGGUCGUCUAGGUCUUGGUACUGUGACUGGUAAUGUUCCUACACUGCGACUGAUAGACAGUCUGUCUGGUAUCCACGUGAAGAAACUAACUGUACAUUCAGGUGGUCGCCACUGUUUGGCUGUGACUGUCUUAGGAAAACUGUAUUCCUGGGGCGAAGGUGAAGAUGGUAAACUUGGUCAUGGAAAUAGACAGUAAGUCAUUCAUUUUUCACUGCCAAAGGGGACACAUGUAAAUAUCUUCAUAAUAACAUGUUAUAUUUGUCUUCUGAAACCUUCUGAUUUCAUGAGGAAAUUUGGAACGUGACUUGGAAACGUGACGAAAUUUGGACAAGUCUAACUAAGCAAUACUCCCGCAUUUCUUCUGAAUGAGUAAAUUUAAUUGUCACUGUAUAAACUUAAUGGUCACACUAAAUAUUUGAUCUUAUACAGUACCUAUAGCUCCUCACUUCAGGCUGGAAAAAUUUAGUUUAGUUCGGCCACUGUAUCAGCUAUCUCAGCUUGGAACAGCAAUCCCCAGAGAUAAUUAUAGAGCUUAUCAGAUUCUCAUGCAGCUUUGCACGAACAUUGGAAUUCAACCUCGUACCCAGGCUCUUCUACGCUCCCCGCUUGAGGAAAGAUCCUGGUCCAGGCUGGUCACGUGUCACCCAUAUUUUUGGAGAUAACAAAAAAUUUACGCAAGGGUGGGGGGCUAAGUUUGUUUUGCCGGUCUAAGACCAUGUCAAAAUAGUUUCACAAGCUAGGAUAAGCCAGAAAAAUUGGAAAAUCGACCACACAGUUCUUUACGCGAACAAGGGUUUAUAUUUAAUCGCUAGCUCACAAAUAUAAAGUAAAAUUUAAUCAUGACUCUGGUUAACUAAAUGUUCUGCCAAAUACAACACUCUACAGCAAUUUUCUGCAAGAUUCUGCCUUUUCUUGUUGAUAUACAACUGACCCCGAGGUUGUGUCGUUGAGUGAGGCAUGUGAGCUUCAAGAACAACAUCUAUUGACAAUACUAACGUUUAAGAGUUUAAUUUCAAACGUCCAGCCAGGCCUCUUCAACAACUUCGUCCCUUACAAUAACCGUUAUGUGCUAAUAAAAACUUCGUUUCAUGAUAGCCCUUUGUAUUGCUUUAUUUACACUACUUGUACUGUUUAGAACUCGAAUGUCACAUUUGCCUUAUCCACCCCUAUAAGUCCCAAUUGUUAUCUCAAAUAAUAUGGGUGACACGUGACCAGCCUGGACCAAGGUCUUCCUCAAGCGAGGAGCGUAGAAGAAAGAGCCUGGCAAGAGGUUGUAGAGAAUUAACACUUAUUGACUGGGACCGAGGGAAACAGUAUGUCUUGUGAACCCGAGACUGAAAAUGUUUCUCGAGGCGAAGCCGAGGCCCAGUCAAUAAGUAUUUUAUUAUAUAACAAGUAUCAAGGAAAAAAACGAAAAAGAAACGAGAAAACGCCAUAAUUUUUGUCCAUAACUGAACGAUUUUAUUAUUUAUUCCUGAGCUGUUGCCAGAAAACAAUCGAAUUUCCUGACUUUCAUAUGAUAUGAACUUUGUCACUUUGUAUGUAAUGUUUUUAACCUAGAUUUUCACGGGUAGAUGCAGGCUAGGAGAUAUAUCACUUUGCUUGACUUUAUAGAAAUUAUGAUACGCCCAAGCUCGUUGAAGCCUUCAAUGCAGUAUUUAUCCGUGAUGUAUCAGCUGGUAGUUCACAUAGUGCGGCAAUUACUAGCGAUGGUGAAUUAUACACGUGGGGUUUGGGAGAGUAUGGUCGGUUAGGUCAUGGUGAUGCUAAUACUGUGAACAAUCCAAAGCUGGUAAGAACAUUACUAUGCUACUUACUAUUGACUUUAGCAUUGGAAUAUCCUGCCGACAUUUACAGUUUAAUAGACUGUACUGUUUAUUGCAUUCUUGCCCCAAGGUUCUUACUUCCUGUUUUGUGCAGAAUAGGGUUAAGGAUAGGUUUCUGAUUAGACUCAAGAUCAAAGAGAAGCAUAUUUGUGCACGAAACAUGGCGCCUUCAUUGUGGCAAAAGUGCAAUAAAUAGUAAAAUCUAUUAUGUUGAUUUAUGGUUGGACACGGGGAACUAUAGACGCAGAAUGACUUUGGAAAAUGGAUCAUUCACAAUUUUAUGGAACGAAUGUUAAAUAAGUAAUGUUAGUUUUGAAUGAAAUGAGGUAUGUAUGAGCACGAUGCUGCCACAAGCACCAAAAGGAUGUCUGCGAAGAAACUUUGCAAUAGAUUACAUUUACAACCUCCGUUUUAAGGAUAGCCACGUACCCAGAUCGUAUCGUGCCUUAGCUUACCCCAUCUUAAGGCGGAUUUCCAGUCCUCGCACGAAACUCCUCGCAGCUCGCUGCGAGUGAUGCAUGAGCACUUUCAUCCAAUCACAAUGCUAAACCGUUCAUUUUAAUUAGAUGCAAGCACUCGCAGCGAGCUGCGAGGAGCUUCGUGCGAGGACUGGAAAUCCGCCUUAAGUCUACGUAUAUACAUACACUUAUGUAAAUUAUGUAAAUUGUAGGUUCGAGCAUUUCAAGGUCAUCAUGUGGUGAGUGUUGCAUGUGGCAGUCGUGAUGCGCAGACCCUGGCAUUAACAGAUGAUGGUAAUGUUUGGUCCUGGGGAGAUGGUGACUUUGGUAAACUAGGACGUGGUGGGAGUGAAGGAUGCCAAGUUCCUCAACCUGUCGAAAGAUUGAAAGGUGAAGGAGUGAUCAAAGUCGAAUGUGGUGCUCAGUUUUCACUCGCUUUGACCAGAUCUGGUUUAGUUUACACCUGGUAAGUAUUGUGUGUAUUAGUUGGGUCCAUUGAUGUUGCAUGAGUUGUUCAUGUUCUUUCCGAUAAAUUUAGCAUAAUUGAAAUACUGCAGACUUUAGGAUUUAACAUUUGAAAUAAACUGUUGAAUAUAUAAACGAAUCUUUAUUUUGAUAUGCCAUAAUUUCUGAAUUGGGAAAACAACAUGGAUUUUAUAGUAAUUAGUAUAAUAAUCAUAAGUUUGAAACAGAUCAAUCGUAAAUUACAAUUAAUUUUGGCUAUGAUAAUUGUUACUUUCCAAUGGCGUCGUCGUAUGUACAUAAUAUCAAACAAAUUUAAAGUCUCCAGAACAGAUACAUUGUACAAUAUUGUACAUUGUAGUUCUAAUUAAGAGAUCUUUCCAACUGGAUAACGUUUGUUGUCAAUAUCCAUUAAAACAGCAUUAAGAAUAGCUUUGAUUUACGUUUCAGGGGUAAAGGUGAUUACUACAGACUUGGUCAUGGUAAUGAUUCUCAUGUUCGCCGUCCACAAGUUGUAGAGGUUUUCAGAGGCAAGAAGAUUGUUGAUGUUGCUGUUGGUGCUUUACAUUGUCUCGCAGUCACUGAGCAAGGACAGGUACGAGCACGUUUUCAGAAUCACACACUAUAGAGUCACUCACAAAUGUAUGAAGGAAUAAUUUAUGCAUUAAUGUGACUUGGUUGUCUGGUAAUAAUAAUUUCUCUAUUUGUUUAUUACCAAUAUUCGCUACGGUGCUUUGACGAACUUAAUUUAUGCUCCAACCCAAGAGAUUAAUUUAAAGAUAUUAAGCAAAAUAUCUUUUAUCACACGAGACCAUAAAGUUGUUUCUCAAAUACACUUAAGCGAUCACUCUUAAUCACUCAUUCAAAGAAUGCGUUUUGGACGCACGAUUUCAAAAAAACGUUCGGCGACUCCUCACAAUGUAGUUAGUUCCAGAUAAAUUAAAAAGGACAAUAAAUAUCUAAUCUCUUAAUACAACCUUUGUUUAUUGCACACGUAGUUUCACAAAUAGUGCAACAGUAACAUUGUUUUGUUUUUUUAUCGUCGUAGGUUUAUGCAUGGGGUGAUAACGACCACGGCCAACAAGGAAAUGGAUCAACUUCUGUUAACCGUAGACCUCAUAUUGUCAUAGGUUUAGAAGAAGUAAAGAUUACUAAAGUUGCUUGUGGUUCAUCACACAGUAUUGCAUGGUCUGACAUCAACACCCAUACUCCUGUAAACCAUGAACCUGUUCCUUACCCUGUCAACGAAGAUCGACUGGGUUCACAUUUUGUCGCCAAAAGAAGUUCUAGUGAACCUAAAAUAACAAGUGGGAAAUCUCGCAAACAACGACCAUCACUCACUAAAAUUGUGCUAGCGUUGAGAAAGAAGCGCGAGAGACAACAUGCAUUUGGACACAUUUUAUCUGCUCUUCAAAUUCAUUUCGCACGCGAAGCAGUUGUGAGUUCAUUAUCACGCAAGAUUUUAACUCCUCCUUCAGAUGUGAAUACUGACAGUCCUGACUCUCAGAAUUCUGAUACUCGGCUCAGUCCUUCGACUAAAUCCAUUGAUUUAUCUGUGAUACCACAGGCUACGUUAAGUGAGGUUGUUCUCAGUAAUGUUACAUCUGAUGUUAGUUUAGAUGAACUGUCCAAGCAGUUAGGAACAAAAGAUGCUGAGUUAUUGGUUGAUGUUCUUAAACUGGCGGUUGCACAUAGAACGAGUGAAGAGGGAAAACAGUCGGUUUCAACUGUAUUGAAAGAACUCGCUGAAGAAAUUCCUGAAGUAAGUGGUGUUUGGAAUUUUAUUCGCUAUUCUUUAACAUAGUAUUAUAGUUACAUUAAAAUCAAGUAAUUCCACAAUCACAUAAAGUAUAACCACAAUGACCGUAUAUUUUCUAAUUUAUACAAUACAUGUUUAGUGUGACAAAUGGAUUUUACUUUUUCAUUAAACAAGUGAAAAGUGACAUGCUUCCCCUCUUCAUUGUUGUUAAUUUUCAGCAUACAUAACGACUUCGAAUACAACAUCCAGGUUGUGAUGGGGCGGGCGGGGGUGUAAUUAUGUUGUUAGACACGAAAUCCUGCGACAUCUUUAGUUUAAAUCUGUCGAUUCACGCAUGUAGCCAUUAACAUAUUAUAAAACAUUAUUUCAUCAGUUCAUUCUUUCUUGGGUGAGUCAAACACAAAUGCAACAAGAUGGUUUAUGUACGUUUAAAACUGCUAGUUAGGAUACAACAACAACGUCCGAUAUUUUGAGUCCUUCGCCAAGAAUUAAAAGCUACACGCGUUACCCCGUCUUUAGGUUGUGUUGUUGUGUUGUUUAUGUGUUACAUGUUCACGUUUGCUUGACAUGUAGGUUGCUGAAAUGUUAGUGAACCUGUGUAAGACUGAGCUGGAAAAUGUCGUAUCAAGUCAAGAAGAUGUUCCUUUAUCUCAACUGCCUGCAAUCAUUGAGAGCUCUCAUCCGUACACUCAUGAAGACAGCAGAAUAAGCGAUUACGUUAAAGUGCCUGGUGCCUCGUGUCUUAGAGUUGAGUUUGAUAGACAGUGCUCUACAGAACGUGGGAAAGAUGUUUUAACUUUACACGAUUGUAAUGGCAGAGAGAUCGCAAAUCUUAGUGGGCGGGAGAAAAGUGAUUGGUCCAAUGAAAUUCAAAUCAAUGGUAACGAGAUGCGGUAUAAAUUUACUAUUGCAAGUACAGGACCAAUGAAAGGAUGGGGUUGGAAAAUGACUGUCUAUCCAAUUGCAUCGUCGGUCAUUCCAUAUGAUGUUCUUUCUGAUAGCACGGUUUUGUCCCGUCCUUCAAUUGAUCUCGCUGUCUGUCUGUUAGGUAAGUCAUAUUUGGGUUUUGAAAAGUCCAAAACGUCGGUUUUUGAGAACAAACAAACAAACAAACAAACAAACAAACAAACAAACAAACAAACAAACAAACAAACAAACAAACAAACAAACAAACAAACAAACAAACAAACAAACAAACAAACAAACAAACAAACAAACAAACAAACAAACAAACAAACAAACAAACAAACAAACAAACAAACAAACAAACAAACAAACAAACAAACAAACAAACAAACAAACAAACAAGGCGAGGUGUUGCUUGGGUGAGAUUGUCCAAAUAUCAGUAAAGAUGUGUAGGCGACCGUAGCUGUUCACGACUGGAAAAUUGUUUCACUCUCACAUUAUCUGAUACUGUAUGCAUGUUGUGUUUGUUCGUCAUUAAAAUUUAAUUGACAUCAUAAUUAUUGUGAAAAAUAGCUAAUUCAACCUCGUACCCAGGGCCUUUGCAAAGGCCCUGGGUACGAGGUUGUAGCUAAUUUUGCUUUUUAAGCCCCGCUCAAACGAGAUUUGGCAAUCACGAAUUUUUACAGGGGACAUUUCAGCUCUAGACUAACAAAAUAAAGGUUUGAAGAGUGUUCAAAAUGAGUUUAAUGAUGAGUUAAAACUAUGUUUUUAACCACUCGACUCCAAAAAGUGAAGACAGGAUGGCGAAAAUUGAAGAACAAUUGGACGUCAGUUCCAGUCCCUUUUUAUUGUUUUUGUCUUCGCGGGUAACACGAAGCUGCAAGGAGUUCACCGAAAUUUCGUAUUUUGACGUCGAUUUAAAGAAUAACACCAUGGUUUUAUGAACUGAUAACUUGUUUAGCGAUACGAUCCGUUAGAAAAAAACUGGAAUUAGCUGGAGAAAAUGAUAUUAAAAACUAUUUACGACCUUCGUAACUAAUGGACGUCAAUUUCUGCUAUCUUGACUUGACUUUUCUCAUAGGCCGAAUUACUGGAAUUCUUGCUCGAGAUACAUAUAGAGCUCACUGGUUUUAACUUAUUUUAAAAUUAACUUCAGAAUACAUGAUAGUGUUGGGAAAGCAUUAAGAACAGAUAACCAAGGUCAUGUGACUGCCAACUCUCAUGCACUCUCAUGAUCUCAUCUUCGUUUGAUCCGGGCUUUACGGUUACCGAAAUAAAAAGAAUGCGCUUCAAGAGAGUGCGGAUUGCCUCAAGUAUGUCAUUGAAUUGAUUAAAAUUCCAUAUUAAUUUCCUUUUUUUUUAUUUUCAUAGAUUUCGACUUGGAGGCACUUGUGAGUUGUGACCAGAUAGUGAGUCUUGCAUCAUCCUUAGCUGCGUGUAUACAACUCAAUAUUUUAUCUGCUGAACAUCGUACAUGGGCAUUGCUGCGUUUACGUCAGCUACUACUUUCUGCACAUGGUCCAUGUAUUAACAUCGCUGACCUGCUAGGAUCGCGGUUGCAGCCAUCAGAUGAGUCAUGUAAGGUGAAACCAUGCACAGAUCCUGUCAUGGAUGCCGUAAGUUUAAUUUAUUGAUGACGAAAUAAUUUAGUAUAUUAAGUUGCUAUGGUUUUUGUCGGAACCACCCGAAGAAGAGUAAGAACAUUUCGAAAUUUAUAGCUAGAGCGAAGGCCCUUCAUCUGGAGGUUGGUUGAGGUGCUUUAUUCAUCUUUUCAGGUAGUUCAGACACAAACAAUUAAGUAAAUCUUUGCUUGAUGCGCUCUGGGUGACUGAAACAUGCUCCCAUCACGAGGCAGUAAUACACGGUGCACCUGGGUGCAAGAAUAAUUUCCAGUCUAAAAUGUUGGUCUUCUAUUGUUCUGUAAUGUUUUUCUUUCCAUUCUUUCUUUAGAUAAUUUCACCCUCACCUCUUGGUAUGUUAAUAAAAGGACUUCCAAACAUGUUACGCCGUCAGUAUGAACAUGAUGAACCUUUGGUGCGCAGUGGCAAACAUUUGUUCUUCAGUCCAUUCUUUCAGGUAGCCAACACUAACUUGAACAUCUAAUUAUCCAAUUUUGUUGGUUAAGAAGUUUUGAUUUGCCUUUGCGUUUUUAAUGCAAUACUACACCAUAUCGGCAUCAAAUUUUCAGAUCCAAUGAAAUGUUGGGUCUUGAAGACCUUAAUCGAUUGUUCCGCAUCAUUCGUCACAAAAUCACUAGAAACACUUCAUAACCGAAAUCAUUUAUAUAAUUAGGUUACCUGUAAAGAGUUGGUGAUGUUUUUGUAUAAGUUCCGAACUUAUGGUAGAGUUUUGUUGUGAUUUAGGAAUUGAAGACCUAAAAACGUAAAAUUGUAUGCACUAAAGUUAUUGUGAUUUGAACUUUUUUAUUAAAGUUGUCCGAAUAACUGCUCGGUGUUGAUGAUUUUUGUUCUAUUACAAAAUGAUAUAAUUAGACAAAGGGAAGUUGAUUAUCAUCAUUUAACAUGUUUUAUUUCUACGUUUAGGUUUUGGUGGCGUUUGCGUGCGAUUUAGGUGUUGACAAAUUGUCUCCACCAGUUGAGAGUCAACAAGACUGGACAUGGUUUACACGCUACUGCACGACACGUAGGACAGCGGUUGCACUUGAAAAUCGCUCGAAACUUCCUCAGGAUAUGCUGGAUGAGUCUGUGGUGAAAAUUCAAGAAAUAAAAAGUAUUGAGGAAAUCAAUCGUGACUAUGAAGAUCAUGAGUUGUUCAAACAAGAACAAGAUGAACAACUUAUUAACUGGUUCAGUCGGUAAGAAAUUCAUCACUUACAUUCAUCAUUAACAGCGAUCAAAGUAGAAAACCUCUGCUUACCUUCUCUACUCUUCUUAUGCAGGGUUACCCGUAGCCGGCGGGGGAGCCAAAGGGGAAAUUUGCCCCUCCCCCCAAAUAAGGAUAAAGUGAACUAUGCCUACAAACCACAGUUAAAAAUUCUCCCAGAAUGCAGGAAUUCCUAUUCUGGGGACUCUAGAUUUCAAAAUUUUUCCUGGACCCCCUGUUGUAUAAACAUUCAAAACCGAAGAAAAUAAUCUUGGUAAUUGUCCUAAAACAAAGACCAUGUCAAGUCCGUUCUGCGCAUCAGUUUUGCUCAUAACAAAGGGGACCCACAGGUAUAAACAUUGCCCAAAUUUUGCAUCUUUCGAACUUUUUUGAAUUGAAACGUACUCUAGUUUAUAUUCAUUUACAAUUGCGAACCAGAAAAAGUGUUAGAUAUUCAGUUAGUAUGUCUUAUUUUACAAAUAUAGCAGUUCAAAAUGUAAACAAAGCGUUUGUUUACAUUACGGACUUGACAUGGUCUUUAAGAAUAUGUAAAUCAAUCUCUAAAGGAGCACAUAACUUCAAGAAUCUUUGACGAUAGAAAAUCACUAGGACCCAAAUAUUAAACUUGCCCCGGGCCCCCAGAUUUCUCUGUGCGGCUCUGUUCUUUAUGUUGAACACAUCUGGUAGAAAUGCCUAUACAAAUAAACAAUUGGUAGUGAAUGUCAUGGCUGCAGAAAUCUGCAGUAUUGUGGCUGUUGAAGAGCGUGGAUCCGGAAUUGCGAGAUUACGAAAUUGCGGACGCUGAGAAGAGAUAAAAGGAUUAAAACUUGGAAAAUGGGAUAAUUUAUGACAAUUUAUCUGACAAUUUAUGAUUUUUGAUUCAGCAAUUUCGGAUCCACUUCUUAUCACGACGCCAAUCGUUGAUAUACAUAAAACAAUCUCGUAGAAUAAGCGACAUGCUUGAUCAUUUAGUCGUCCUUGUGAUUGGACAAUGGCUUGGAGUGGUACAAACUUGAUCUAUGGUUGGGGUCACAAUCAUCGUGGUCAGUUAGGAGGUGUAGAAGGUCCUAAGGUGAAAAUACCACAGCAAUGUGAUACUCUUUCACCACUCAAACCUGUACAGAUCUGUGGUGGGGAACAGUCAUUGUUUAUUGUAACAGCUGAUGGCAAGGUAAGUAUUGAUAGUUGUUCUUAUUGCAUGCAGUGAACUGCUGGAACGAUAACUCUGGCUCUGUUUUUGAAGCUAAAGAUGGUGGGAAAUGAAGACCGUCUUGUAGGUAUGCCCUAGGUCUCUACGCGGAAGUUCACCAAAUUCAGUCACAGAAUAAUAUGGACUGCAUUUGCAUCAAUCUUACCUAUUCAUUUAGUUUUUACCUUUUAGGUAGGUUAUUUAUCACUAAAAAUGAGCAUUUAUGUUCAAAAACUUGAAAAAUAUCGACCCGAAAACAUUAGCCAUUUUUCAUACACGCGUAUUUUAUACCUACAGGAGAUCACUCAAUAGGCAAUCAUGUUGCAUUAUUAUAUUUAGUAUUAUAUUCUUCGUUCGCACACUGCGCCUGAUUAAUCGCCAUCUUGGCGAGUUUACCUUACAAUAAAGUAGUUCAGUGAAUUUACUAUUGUUAGUUGCUAACAGAAGCAAUGCGUAUUAUGAGUUAUUUUAUAAUAUCUGGCUUAAAACAACUAGCAAUAAAGAAUAUAUAAUUUUGCGCGUUUUAAAAAUCAGCCACGAUUUCAAAAAAGCAAUUGUGAUUCAAAACCUUUAGCAAUCUUCGACAGUAUUUUAAAGACUCGUUGAAAUUAGUCAGUAAGAAUAUUCGUGUAAUUUCCACUUUGAUUACCCAGGUGUACGCUACUGGUUAUGGUCAUGGUGGAAGAUUGGGACUUGGUGGGUCUGAAACCGUCAUGAGCCCGCGAUUGCUUGAAACACUACAACAUUACGUCAUCAAGAAAGUAGCUGUACAUUGUGGAGGAAAACAUUCUUUAGCAUUGACUUCAGAUGGUGAUGUUUUCUCGUGGGGAGAGUGUGAUGAUGGAAGACUAGGACACGGCAAUAGAUUGUAAGAUAAUAACAGUUAUAAUUUUAAUUUCUUUAUAUUUAGCCCUUGCAAGUGACGUCACAAAUGUCAAAUGCUUAAUGCUAAAAACAUACUCGGAGACAAUUAGCCGUCAAAAUGUCCCAGGUUUACUUCGGUAGAGCAGCUGUUCAUUGUCUUUAUUUAAACAUGCUUAAUACAAAUUCAGAAAGGCAAUUUUCUGGCGAAUUUUCUCAAGCUAUCCAUUAUUUUUGCCACCCAAAAUCGUAUUUCUUAGCGUGACGUAAUAUUCCCACAUGACUGACCGCUAUACUCACUGUGGGGCCUUGCUGCUUGUGUAUGACACAAAACGUUUAUACAGUUCGGCAUGAGCCCGCGGUAAGAUAGAGAAGAUGAGUUAUGAAUUUUAUAUUAACUAUGAUAUGACACUGUCCCAGAAUAUACUGGGGCCGGUUGUUCGAAUGUCGAUCAGCUUAACCCUAUGUUUGUAAUUUAACCUAAAGUUCAAAGCAAACUUCCCAACAGCUUGUCUAUAAAUUCGGACAUAUUUCUUCAGAAAUAUUAUCUGGAUCAACAGGAGUUCACUUCCUGAAGCCUUUAAAUAAACAGACGUGUAGAAAUACACAAACCAAAACAGCGGGUUAAAUUUUAACCCAGGGUUAGCGCUUACCCACCUUUGAACAACCGGCCCCUGGUCUGUAAAUGCUUAUAGCAAAUGCAUUUUCAUAUUAGCCCGAUACAUCCACCUCAGCGAGAUAUACAUGCCAGCCGCUCUAGGUGAGAUCCCACCUCGCACUAGGCGAAUGAAGCUGUAUAAAGAUUUCAGACAUCAUUAGAAUGAUAAAAUCGUGCAACUAUUUAGUUUUGUCAGUCUCAACGACAAAAUAAUUUGAUGGCGCGAUGGUUUAACGCAACCUCGUUCCCAGGGUCUUCCCUCUUGGUUUUAACGUUGGUGCAAAUACAGAUAUUUAACAUAGAACUGGAUUCUAAUAGCAAAAUCUUUGACAAUGAAGAAGUUGGGUGCCCGCCACUAUACAGUGCCUAACCGAUUUACGCUUGUGUAUACCCGAGACCACCUAAUAUUCACAUAAUUAUACAGUUUAUUAUAAAUGCUUGUGUUUGUUUGUUUGUUUGUUUGUUUGUUUGUUUGUUUGUUUGUUUGUUUGUUUGUUUGUUUGUUUGUUUCCAGAAGUCCUCUGUAUUAAAAAUUGCGUGACGGAAGCAAUUCUAAGGUCUAUUAGGCUUUUAACCAUUGGCUAUGCGAUUGGGUUUGGUAACAACGUCUAAUAAGCUUAUUUACAUUUUUUAAAGAUCGUGUGAUCGUCCUCGGAUAAUUGACGCACUGUGUGGAAAAUCUGUGGUUGAUGUGACUUGUGGAGGUUCUCACAGUGCUGCAAUUACGUCGUCUGGUGAACUAUACACCUGGGGUAAAGGUCGUUAUGGUAGACUUGGUCAUGGUGACAGUGAAGAUCAACUGGUACCAAAGAAAGUGGAAGCAUUUGAUGGUCAUCGCGUCAUUGAUGUUGCAUGUGGUAGUGGUGACGCACAAACCCUUGCCUUGACUGAUGAUAAUUGUGUAUGGUCGUGGGGAGAUGGUGACUACGGGAAACUGGGUCGAGGAGGCAGUGACGGUUGUAAGGUUCCUGUGAAAAUUGAUACUUUGACAUCAGCUGGAAUAGUCUCUGUAGCAUGUGGUUCACAGUUCUCAGUUGCUUUGUCCAAGAAUGGUGAGCUGUAUACUUGGUAAGUAUGAGCGCCAUUCAACUAAGUCUGGGCGAGCUAUGUAGUCUACUCAAAUAUCACGCACCCGUCACGAGUAGCGCGUGCAAGGCAUUUUUUAAUACCAAGGACUGGUGGGGCAUUUGCCUCACUGGGCCCCUUUCUCUGCUCCACCACUGAAGAAAAAAAAUGGUCUAUUGCCCCAAAGUCAUGGCCCUAGGACCUGUAUUGAGUAAAUGAGUUUAACAUUGAAAAGAAGUUUAUGUUGUGUUUGAAUGUUUAACAUGCAAUUUAUUACAAAUUUCACCGUUAAAACUUCGUUUGGGGAAGCUGAGAUUUUUUUUUAAUGUCUUUUCAAAUGCAGGAAACGCUUUUUCAGAGGCCCAAAUUUUAAAAAUUUCCUGGGAGGGGCAUGCUCCCAGACCCCCUAGCUAACUCGUGCCUGCGGUACUCGGCUCACACCUUCGGCGAUCGCAUACUAUCCUGGGGGGAGGGCAAGGAAAAUGGGCCCUUUGGCAGUUUUGCCCCACCACUGAAGAAUCCUUAAAAAAUGCACUGAGCGCGUGCUUAACACCUGUAAACAUGCGUGCUUCUUCGCAUGAUAAAAUUUUACGCAUGCCUAAACAUUUAUCAUGUUCAACCUAUAUUUUGUCACGCCAGCAUCAACCGCGCGAUAAGGCAAAUUAAUACUAGUCGGAAUUUUAUUCUGUGAGUUUUUAAAAUUUGCAAAUUGAACGAAUAUAAUAAGAUCAACAACAUAUUAAGUACGUUUUCCAAAAAUUUCAUGAGAUGGGAUUCUUUUCAAACAGUGAAAUCUCUAGCGAAGAAUCUGUCCUGAUAAAUUUAUUCAUAGUUACAUUUUUUUAUUUCUAAGUCUGUGCAACCCAUAAAUCAUACCAAAUCAUAAAUCAUGGCCACAUAAAAUGUAUUUACCAAUAUUGAGAGUAUAGGGUGCCACCUGAGUAAAUACAAAUCAUGAAUGCUUUUGUGUGUGCAUGGCCAACGAGCCGCUUUGACGAGUUUUCCACUAAUUUUCUUAGUACUAUAUGAUGUAUUUCGUGAACAUAAAUAAACAGAAAAAGGUCAAAUAGAAUAGGUCCACGAGCGUCUCUGGUACAGGCUUGAAAAAGUUUUACUCGUAAUCUGUCUUGAUAUCUGCAAAACUAAUCGUUUCAUGAUUCGUUCGUGAUACUAGUCGUAAUUGGUCAUAAAUAAUUAGGUUGUCUACAUUAAUUACAUCUAUGAUUAUCUAUGAUUGAGUUAUGGAUAACUAGUAACAUGCGGGCACUUCCAGUGCAGCAUGAAGUCAGAUUGAACAAAACGCGUCGAAGUGCGCAACGUCUUGUUGAAGUCAUCCAAGCACUCUUAUUGUUUUCCCAGGGGCAAAGGUGACUACUUUCGUCUUGGUCAUGGUACAGAUGAACAUGUUCGAAUACCAAAGAAAGUUUCAGCAUUACAAGAUAAGAAGAUCAUUUGUGUGGCAACGGGAUCAUUGCAUUGUGUAGCAUGUACUGACACCGGGGAAGUUUAUACUUGGGGAGAUAAUGAUGAAGGACAGUUAGGUGAUGCAAGUACGAAUGCUGUACAAAGACCACGUUUAGUUACUGCUUUACAGGUUAGUUCCUCAUGCAUGAGGCAAUUCGCUAACAUGUCGACAUUCCACCUUACUUCUGUAAAUCAAACGAAAAUGUGAGCUGAUUAUCGCCUUCAUAUCUCGUCAAUUUGAGAUCUAGUUAAGUUUUGAUGAGAUUCAAUAAACUUUGUAACCAGUGAAAAGGGUUCGUAUGAAUUGAAGGGAAUUAUACGCAGCUGGAUUUCCCAUUUCAUGGAAACACGCUCAUGAAAAUGAAAUAUUGUGGCUGCAUUCGUGAUAGGAAAUUAAUACCAAAGUAAAAAUUCCUGUUUAUAAAUUGUCUCAAACAGUAUCUAAAAAUAGAACUACGUGCAUAUAGCUAGUCUAAAGCAAUGGAAAUUAAAUUCUCGUGUAAAUAGAGAACACUGGCUGGUCAGGUAUCAUCAUCUCUCGUGUUGAUGCAAAUUCAAUUUUUAUUCAAAUAAAAUCUCUGUUUCUGAUAAUAUUAUUAGGGUAAAAAGAUCAAUCGUGUAGCUUGUGGUUCUGCUCACACAUUAGCUUGGUCAACAUCGAAAGCUGUCAACUCUGGAAAACUCCCAGACGCCAUACCCAUGGAAUACAGUCACCUUCAUAACAUACCUCCAGUAACGUUACGAAACCGUCUCAUUAUGUUACAUCAUUUCUCAGAAAUGUUCUGUAGCGCAUUUCCAAUGUUUGAUCUCAUGCCAGCGCAAUCUGGUGAUAAACCCAACGUCCUGCAAAUCAACCUUGAUACGCUUAGAGCAGUGUUAGUCUCCUCUGUUAAGGUAUGUUCAAACUGUAAUCUUAUAGUUUAUCGCUAUUUAGAAUAGAAACUUACCAUGAUUCUAAAACAAGGUGUACCAACAAAAUGUGCUUUUGCUAUUUUGCUUAUAUAGUCUUUUUUCUCUUAUAAUUGCCUUGAUUACAUUCGCGUUUACUGUACUUAUCGUUGGACCCUCUGGCAUAGUUAUGUCUAUGAACGGUCUGUGCCAGGGUAGAUGUGCCAAUAAUAAAAGCUUAGGAUUGAUAGGGAUACAACUACCUGAAAAAUACAAGGAGAACAUUUCGAGAGAAGGCCCUUCGUCGAGAAGGUAGUGAAAUAACUUGCAUCCCUAUCAACCGGAACCUUCACUAUCUAUGUUUAUGUGUGCAUUCCGUUUAACAUAUAUGGGGCUUCGGUGGCCAAGUGGUUAGCGCACUUGCCUUUCACCUCUGAGGCCGCAGGUUCAGGCCUCAGUGAGAACUAUCUCAAUGCGACUCGAACCCAGUCCUCAUGUGAGAAGAGUAAAAGUCAACGCUCUGCCGAAAGUCGUGGGUUUUCCCCGGGUACUCCGGUUUCCUCCCACAGGGAAAGUUGACAGGGUGGGUUAGGUAAAAAGGUCCCACAGUAAUUGGCAUAUGCUGUUGUGGUGACCCUGCCCUAGUUGGCAAAGCUAAAUAAAUAUAUUUGAUAUUGCGUUGUUUAGGAUUCUACGUUCCGUAAGAUCAUUCAAGGCACGAUGGUUCGUGAUCGUCAACAUGGUCCUGUGAUUCAACUGAACCGCAUGCAAGUGAAGAAAAGUCGACAUAAAGGUGGUCUGGCUGGGCCCGAUGGUACAAAGUCUGUAUUUGGUCAAGUAUUCUCUAAUAUCUCAAGUUUCUCCCAAGAGAGUUACCUACUUGCACACCGUAUUUGGAAAGUGAAAUUUAUUGGUGAGAGUGUGGAUGAUUGUGGUGGUGGUUACUCGGAGUCCAUUGCAGAGAUUUGUGAUGAACUUCAGAAUGGUUCACUACCCCUCCUUGUUGUUACACCAAAUGGUCGUGAAGAAUCUGGAGCCAAUAGAGACUGCUUUAUAAUCAACCCAGAUGCAGACUCCCCUGUACACAUUAGCAUGUUUCGUUUCAUGGGAAUUUUACUUGGAAUCGCAAUUCGAACUGGUAGUCCAUUAAGUCUGAACCUAGCUGAACCUUGUUGGAAGCAGUUUGCUGGCAUGGCACUAAGUGGAAUGGAUCUUGCUGAAAUGGAUAAAGAUUACAUUCCAGGACUGCUGUGUAUCCGUGAUAUGGAUGAAAAAGGUUUUGAAGCAAUGAAUAUGGCGUUCAGUACCCCAAGUGCAAGCGGACGUGAAGUUCAACUGGACUCGAAAUUAUCAAGCAUUAAUUUCGAGAAUAAAGAGGAGUACGUGAGACGCGCUUUGAACUACAGACUAGGCGAGUUUAAUCGUCAAGUUGCUUCUAUUCGUGAAGGUAUGGCUGAAGUUAUACCUGUUCCAUUAUUAUCAUUGUUCACUGGUGUGGAGAUCGAAACGAUGGUUUGUGGCAGUCCAGAUAUACCACUUGAUUUAUUGAAGUCAGUUACUACAUACAAAGGUAUUGAUCCAAGUGCUGCUCUGAUCAAAUGGUUCUGGCAAACACUCGAGCAAUUCUCAAACACAGAGAGAUCUUUGUUUCUUCGUUUUGUCUGGGGUCGUACUCGCUUACCUCGUACUAUUGCUGAUUUCCGUGGCAGAGAUUUUGUCAUUCAGGUACACUAUAUUUUAUGUCUAUAAGAAUUGGUGGUACAGCGGCUUAUUGAUUAUUUAGUUAGUUUGGCAGAUUAAAAGUGUUUAUCCAUGACGAAAAGCAAUAAAGCCGCAAAACAUUGUGGUUUAACAUAUUCAUAAUGCGUUACGUUAUCGAAGUAUAUGAGAAAAUAUAAUCAACUGUGCCCGGAUCGUAUAUAUAUACUCGUUAUUUCAGCAUCGACAAAACCCGAACCCCUAUAUAAUAUGAAUUUAUACUCGUGGUAUUCACAUUUCAAAUUAUACAAAAUGGCAAUCCUGCAAACAAUUGAUAGAUUGCAACUUUAGUGAAAAAUUUAAAUAUUUUUACUACGAACUGUAUCAAUCAGAGCAUUGGACUAGUAUUCCAAAGGUCGUAGGUUCGAUUCCCACCGUCACCAGGCAUAUUUUUCAAGCUUGCCCUGUGUGGAUAUACACUCAGAGUAACAUCACAAACAUCGUAUCUGUAUCACUUGAAAAUGUUAGGUGCUAUACAGAAUGCAAAUAAUUAAAAUGGUAUCCCAUUUAUCGUCGCUGUUUCCAUCCCAUGAUUUUGUAAUAUAUUUUGAUGCAGUUCUUUCUUCCUAGGUGUUGGACAAGUAUAAUCCGCCAGAUGAGUUCUUGCCUGAAAGUUACACCUGUUUCUUUCUUCUCAAGUUACCUCGUUACUCGCAUCCCAGAGUACUUAGCGAGAAAUUAAAAUAUGCCAUAUAUUUCUGCAAGUCCAUUGAUUCUGACGAGUACGCAAGAAUUGACAUGGCUGCGGAAACUGACGUAGACAGUGACUGACAUUAGGCUGACUAAAUCUAUCUUAAAUCAACUUUAAUGUGAAUAUUUGUAACAAGGUUUUAUCUACAACCAAGUGGAGAAAGCGAGCGGGGUGACAAUUAACGUGAAAAUAAACAUUUAGCCACGAGGACUUUUCAUGUCCCGAACUAAAUAAUAGAAAUUACUUUCCUUCUCAAAUUGCAAAAUUUUCCAGUAUUUCUUCAAAUUUUGUUCAGUUUGCCUUUUAAAAUCAGCUGCCAUGCCAAAACAACGAAGUUUAACUAAAUGGCAAUUAAUUGUUUCGGCAUAUGACAAGUACGCCGUGUAAAACUGCCCUUAUCUUUUGACUAUUAGGGAGUAUUUUAUAUCUUGUGGGAAAAUGUUUAGGUUAUAACAUCACAUAAUUCGAUCGCUGCCCCUUCACUUUACUAAAGUUGGCUGCGUGUGUGUUGUCAUCCUAGCAGCUUGAAGUCUGUAAUGCUGUAAUGAAUUGUAUAGUUAUUUGUAUAUAUAUUGAUGUGAAAAAUUAGAUUGAAUUCAGAAAUA